AUGUCCGUUUCACCUGCACGGCGUUUUGUUGCUGAACAACUCACUGGUUUCUUUUCUAGACACAUGGCUGAAACACCAGGGAAACGAAAAUCUGCUGCUCUGUCCCUGUAUGACGAUGACGAUGAAGAAUCUCCCCCAGUCAAGAGGGCUUCCGGAGGAUUGUACGACAGUGGUGAUGAAGCUUUGACCUCAAGUGUUUCUGCCCCGUCAACAGAGAAACAAGAUAGCCAGCUUAGCAAUGGAGGAUCCAAGAAGGAGGAGCCCAGGGAAACAAUUUCAAGUCUUGAGCCUCCCCACCUGACUGCAGUCCUUGGAUGUCGACGUGAGCUGCCAUUUGUCAAGAGAUGCUCUCUUUACGCUAUUUUUGAUGGACACGCGGGAGCCCGUGCAGCUAAGUACUGUGAGGAGCACAUUCCUUCAACUCUGAAGAAAAAGUUGAGUUCGUAUGGAGAUUUGAACACGAUGGAAAAGCAGCUGAAGCGUACUUUUACUGAAACGUUCAAAAACGUUGAUGAAGCAUUUCUGAAUGAAGCCAAGAAACAUAAGCCAGUUUGGAAGGAUGGAACCACGGUAACGUGCGUCCUGCUAAUGAACGAUUCACUAUAUGUUGCGAAUUUAGGUGAUAGCAAAGCUAUCGUCUGUCGGCAGAAAGAUGAUGGUUUCUCCUCAAUUGAACUCACCGUGGAUCACAACCCGACGAGUUAUGAUGAGAGGAUGCGAAUACAGAAAGCAGGUGGAACUGUUAGAGAUGGACGUGUGAAUGGGAUCAUUGAAGUGUCACGAUCUAUCGGUGAUGGACAGUUUAAAACACAUGGAGUUACGUGUGUGCCGGACAUGAAGAAGCUCACCAUCACUCCUAAUGACAGCCCGACUGGAGUUAGCAAUGCCCCCAGCUCUAUCGAAGCCAAUGUCUUCAAAGUGCCGCUUCGGGCACAACUGCUUACGCAACCGCACCAAGGACUUGGUAGACUGGGAGCCGAAGAAGUCAGUGACCCCCAGACCAUUGUGGUCGAAUUUCCGAAAAUCCAGAGAAGGACCUUCCUGGAACGCAUAUCCGAUUUGGCUUGGGAGGGUCUCCUCCUCGUGGAACGAUGUGAAUUGAAACGAUACCCAACUCUCAUUUCUAGUAACCAGCUCUUCCAAAAACCCCUUUUGAUGCGGGCGGAGAAGAAACUGACAGAUUGA